CUUCCACUCCUUUCCCCUUCCCGUUAUUCGCCCUUUUCCCGACACUCACAAACCCCCUGCAGACCCUGAAUCGGUUCCCAUUGAGCGGCUCCUUGGAGGAAGAUUUUCUCCCCUCCUUGGGUGACUUCGGAUGCUUCUCUUUCUCCCCGAGGGAAAGAAGGGGGGGGUAGGAAGGGCAGCGGAGGGGGGCGCUGGAUGUGGAGGAACAGCGCCGCCAUGUUGGUGAAGAACAAGGGCAGCGGGAACUCGGGGACCGUCAGCCCUGCAGGCUCGAGCCCGCCAUCUUAUUAAAGGAAAAGAAAGCCCAGGUUGAGUAGGGACCUCCCACCUUCCCAACCCCCCCGCGGGGGUCCCCGGGGCUGCAUCCCGUCCCCUGACUCGGCUCCGCGUGUGUCGGAUAAGGGGAGUCAGAGAGAUGCCCACCAACUGCGCCGCAGCGGGCUGUGCGGCUACCUACAACAAGCACAUCAACGUCAGCUUCCACAGGUUUCCCUUAGAUCCCCAAAGAAGAAAGGAAUGGGUUCGUCUGGUUAGGCGCAAAAAUUUUGUGCCGGGAAAACACACUUUUCUUUGCUCAAAACACUUUGAAGCCUCCUGUUUUGACCUAACGGGACAAACAAGACGACUUAAAAUGGAUGCUGUACCAACAAUUUUUGAUUUCUGUACUCAUCUAAAAUCAAUGAAACCCAAGUCAAGAAAUCUUCCUAAGAAAAACUCUUGCAUCCCAGCAGGACCAUCCAAUAUGAAAUCCAAUGUUAGCUGUCAGCAAGUUCUACUUGAACACAGCUAUGCCUUUAGAAGCCCCACAGAGGCAAAAAAGAGGAUAAUUCAACUGGAGAAAGAGAUAGCAAGCUUAAAAAGAAAGAUGAAGAAUUGCUUGCAGAAAGAACGGAGAGCAACACAGAGAUGGUUCAAAAUCACAUGCUUGGUGAAAAGUUUAGAAGCAAAUAACAUAUUGCCCAGGGGCACAUCAGAACACAUCCUGCCAAGUGCCUUAAAUGAUCUUACAUUACAAAACUUCAAAAUCAUUGUACAGGAUCAGCAAGAUCAAACAUAACAAAGUCUUUAAAUGAAGACAGCACCAAGCCAAGGAGCCGGCUUUUGAUAUUAGCCAAAACUGAAUUCUGUGCCCAGCCUUCACUGGAUUCAGAAGUAAAAGUUAUUUACUGGAAUUAUGCUAAAAACAAUAUUCUCAGGACAGUUUUGCUUGAAUAGCAUAAUUUUCUGGAUGUUGUUUAUAAAGACUGUUACUUAUUUUUGUGGAAAAAGAAAACUUCAUAUGAAGACUUCAUUGUAAUGUAAGCACAAGUGCCUUACAACAAAAAAACACUUACUCUGGCUGAAAUUUUUCCUACAUGAAGAAAUCUUAUGUUUACAAGUUUAUUUAUUGUUUUUUCUUUAAAAACCUGUUUUUGAAGGAAUGGUCUAUGCCAGGUAAUAUGUUUGGGUCAUUUCACGGACUUAUUUUCUGUCAGAAAAGGAAUUUUCCUUGUUGAACUGCAUUGGAGGAGGGUUUUUGUAUUCUAAAUAUGAUGCUGAAGUACUUUUCCAAAAUUAAAUAUAACCUUAGAAAAGUACCAGUUCUUGAUUUAAAUUGUGGUGGGUACUGACUUGGCAAUAUAUGGUGAAUCACUUUACUUACUAUUGCCUUUACCUUUUUCAUAUCUGUUAAAAGGGAUUAAUAGUGACCUCUCUCACGGAAAUACUAGACUGGGAAUGAUACACUAAUUUAAAUGUUCAGUACUGUUUAGAUGGGAAGUGCCAGUGAGUCCAUCAGACGAGAAGAGGCCAGGCAUACCUCAAAUCUGCUCAGAUGGGUACUUUGGCACCUUGAGCUCCAAGAAAAAACACACAGACACACACACAGAGCUGUGAAACAGCGACAUUGAGUCCAUCUCCUGUUUUGUGCCAAAAUUAUUAAACAAUUAGGGAGAUAUUAUUGUUUUCUCAUAACUUAUAUGUUUUUAGUUUUAUGCUGUUGUAUAUUAAGCAAUUUUUAUGUGUGUUAGGAUAUCAACGUUGUUCAUGAAGUAUUUAUUGUACUACUUACUUAGGUAGUCAGCUCAGAGCAUAGCAGUUUUUUUCCAUGAAACACAAUAGCCUUUCAGUGCAGAGAGGUACUUAGCCAUGUAAAGUCUUGACAACUUAUAAUUUGUUUUAAAAUGGAAUCAAUUUAUAGACCAUUAAAUCAACAUAUACACCAUGAAAAUACAGUAUAGAGAAGAAUUCACUCCCUCUGCCACCUCCAUUUUUCUUUAGGACAGCAUCACUCUGUGGCCUUCAUUGUAUAUGGAAAAAUAGGAUUUUAAUGAUUCUUUUCUAAAACAAAUAUAUGCAUAUGGUACUCUUUUAAGAAUUUAUUUUCUAAUUGAAUCAUUCAAAGAGUUUGCCUUAUUUCAUAAAUUGUAUUUAUUCAGCAUCUUGUAUUUCAGAUAUCUGUGAACAAAAUCAUGGAAAAGUCCAUUAACUAUUAAAUCAAAUCUCUUAAUCCUCUUUCCAAUGUACGAUAUUAUAUCAUGAAAAUAGUAUAAUGCUUAACCAUAGAUGGUUCCACCUUUUUGCACAUAAGGGGUUUAUUUUAUGGGGAAAACAAGCAAGUCAGACUUACAUCUGGGAGUUUCUUCUUUUUAAAAUGACACUUCUUGUUACUAGCUGUGUGACCCUGGGCAAGUCACUUAACCCCAAUUGCCUAAAAAAAAAAUAAAAUGACACUUGUUUACAUUCUAGUAACCAUAAAGAGCACAAAUUCAAUUUUUCACAAAAGGUGGUUUUCUAUAAUGGAAGAUAACUGCUCACUUUGAUAAAAUAUGUACUGCUGGAAAAAGCAGAUGAAUACUUCCUAUCAGAAUUUGUAUAUGCAAGUAUGACACUUUUAAUAGCAACUCCCAAAAUUUAGGCACAAUAUGAGGGCAAGGGGGCAGCUAGGUGGCACAGUGGGUAGAGCACCAGCCCUGAAGUCAAGAGGACCUGAGUUCAAAUCCAGCCG